AGGGAAAUAAUAACGUUCAAAAUUAAUUGUUGGGUGUAAAAGGAGAAAAGAAAUUCAAACAAGAGUCACACCAAAUUACUCCUUCCUUCACUCCCACUCAUCUUCUUCUUCCUCAGUCCUCCCUUUUAUAAUUUAUGCUAAAAAAUCGAAAAUUUGAAGAAGAAGAUGUAUGAGGCACAACAACAUUUCGUAGAACUACAAGACAAUGCAAGUGGUUUUGGGAAUGGAGAUCCUAAUUUAUGGCUUUCAGGGGAUCACGCCUUAUCUCCUACUCACCGUCGGAAUCACCCCUCUUCCGUCACCGGCUCCAAUGUCGAUCGCGACCUUUUCAAGGACCUCGUUGAGAUCGUCCCUCUUGUUCAGUCUCUCAUUGAUCGUAAAGGGAGUAGUUCAUUUACUCGUCGUGGGUCAAUGAUCUACACCAAGACGCCAUCUAGGGAAUCACUAUCCAAAAAGGUGUCUGAACCAAAAGGGAGGAAUGCAGCUCAAUCUAUUCCAAGAAGAAAGAAAAGGGAGCAUAUAGACAAGAAUGGUGCUAAUAAUACAGAUGCUGAGGCAUUUUCGAUUUUUUCGUCAAAGGGGUUGACCGCAGAUGACAGAGAAGAGUUGGAUCUACUGAAGGGACAGGUGGAGGAUUUGCAAAGGAAAUUGUUGGAAAAAGAUGAAUCUUUGAAAUCAGCAGACGAUUUAAAGAACCAAAUGAGUGCUAUUCAUGCAGAACUUGAUAAUCUAAAACUUCAAAUUUCAGAGAAGGACUCUUUCAUCAAGUCUACACAACGACAGCUCUCUGAUGCAAAGAUCACUCUUGCGGAUAAGCAAGCUGCAUUUGAGAAAAUACAGUGGGAAGCUAUGACAUCCAAUACGAUAGUGGAGAAGCUCCAGGAAGAGCUAUACUCAGUGCAAGGCGACAUUUCAUCAUUUAUAGUGCUGUUUGAUGGAUUGCUAAAAACUGAUCCUGGUCAAUAUGCUGAAGACUAUGACAUCUCUCCCUGUAAUUUGGACAGUCUUCCUUCUAUAGAUGAUUUGGAUGAGAUGGAGAUGCACAAAAUGGAAGAAGCUAGAAAAGCUUAUAUUGCUGCGGUUGCUGUUGCAAAAGAAAAGAGAGACGAAGAGUCCAUUGCUUCUGCUGCUCGUGCCCGAUUAUACCUUCAAGGAUUUGUUUUCAGAAAAUGUUCAGUCGGGGGAACAUAAUGAGUGCUGUUUAAUACGAUUUCAUAAUGGAAGUUUUUGGUAUGAAUAUGUUCAUUGUAUUAUUUGUAGAACAAAGUGAAUGUGUUGGUGUGGUGUGUUGUAAUAUUGUCCAUGAUUAAAUGUUCGAGGUUAGGGUCGCAAAAUGUUUAAAAAGAUAAGAGUAAAAUUGUUGCGUGUAUGUGUUACAAUGCUAAUCUUAGCUAUUUAAGCAAAAAUAGGUUUCAUAAA